ACACAUAUAAGCAGAACUCACACACCCAUAAAAACCUGAAGUAUCCAGUGUUUUCUCAGAAGUCUCAGACCGUGUCACUGCCAGCAUCAGACAGCCAGCGACUGGUGUUUGAGAGAGACGUCAUAUAUCAGCAGCCAGUAUUUGGAGCCAGGGAAACUGAUGAAGGAUGUGUACUUCUGGAUGGCCAAUCACGCUUCUGCUGUUUUGCCUGUUUGACUCAGAGUACACCACCCGCCUUCCCUCCCUCCAGCAGCAACUCUCCAGAGACAACAGAAUACAGCAGCUGCUCUCUGACGAUAUCACCCUCCACCCUGGUGGUCAGGUUUGGAGAUCCGGUCACAGCUAACUGCUCUGUAUCAGGAAAUGCUAUUAGUUUUCUGUCAUGGCAACUACCACUGGAACAACCUUUGGCCACUAUGAAAACAUUUCUGGUUUGGAGUGUGAACAGCACUACUGACUGGAACAUCGAGCCUAUGUGCUGUGCAAUGUCUGAAAUGGGACCGGGGUGCCACGUUAAUCUCUCUGUGAUAGUCUACAAGCCUCCGGACAAUGUGUCCAUCAGUAUUGCAAAUCAUACUGGGCCAUUGAUUGAGGGUCAUCAGUACACUCUGGAGUGUAUAGUUCUGGAUGUUGCUCCUGUUGGAAACGCCACUGUGACCUUCUACAGAGGACAGACAGAACUGCGCAGACUACAGUCCAACAACCCAGAGAAAAAACCAGUGACUGAGAUCUUCAGUCUGAACAUUAACCCCAGUAAAGACGAUGAUGGAGUCCAGUAUUGGUGUGAAGCUAAGCUAGACCUGGGAGCUGAAGGACCACAGCCUCCUCCAGUGGUGACGUCACAAAACAUCACUGCAGAGGUCCACUUUGUUCCACAGCUCCUUUGUCUUCCAAAAUUGCAGGUGCAAGAGGGGGAGAGCCUCAGCUGUGAGGUGAGAGGAAACCCUAAACCAUCAGUCACUUGGUUCAAAGAUGGGCAGGUAGUGUCCCUGCCCACUCACUCAAGCAGACAGCAUGCUGGGAAUUACACCGUCAUGACAGAAGGACUUAUUGGACAGAAAAACUUUACAUUGGAGGUGGAGGUCCUCACUGGCAGUGGAACUGCAAACUGCUUUAAUAGGCAUUUCCUGUUGGCUGCCCUGCUUAUUCAGAUAUUAACUUGCUGUAAAACCUGAAAAAUGAUUUGAGAUUCUUCUCUCGUUGCUGUUUGGAUGAACUGUUCCACCUCCUGUGAGGAAUGUUUGUCAGGGAAGACUUUUUGCUUUGUGUCUCUCUUCUUGUGUCUAAAUGGAUCAUUUAUGCAUUAUUGUCAUUUUGUACAUCCUCACUCAACAAAACAAUGCAAUCUCCACAGAAUUAUUAUUAUUAAGCCUUUAUUUAACCAGAUGACUCCCAUUGAGAUUACAAUAUCUCUUUUUUUGAGGAAAGAUGAAAAGGCAGAUAAAGUACAAGUACAUAAAGUUCCAUUUUCGAGAGCUUUUGCCCAGGUACAUUUUCUUAUAUACACUAUACUGUUAAAAUUGUGUCUCCAUAUAAUCUGCUCAAAAGGUAAAAAAUCACCAGACUGAAAGCUGCUCUAGAAAGAAUUUUACCUGCUGGUCGUGUACAAUCCAGUAAUCCGCAUUCCUCAUCCUUUUUUUUUUUUUUUAAGAAUAUCUAUGAACUGUUUGAACCUUUUGCCCAACAAUCGAGGUUAGUUUUCUUUUCUUUGUGAAUGUGUUCAACUUUCUGUAAUGUCUACAGAGUGUGCCGUCUACACUUUUAACAAUGCAAAGCACUACAAGUCUUGUUCCACUUAGGUUACGUGCUGUCUCCUGUACAUAAAAUGUCAAACUAUCAUGUGUCCAAAAGAAAUACUUUCUUGCUUAAGACUUUAAACUGCCUUGAAAUGUUUUGUACAUUUACAGAUAUGUUCAAUAUAAACCUCAAUCAUGUCAAAGUGGCAAAUAAUUUGAUUUGAUUUGAUUUGAAACCAGUAACUGGUAACAAAGGAUGUGACUGAAACCCCCAAAUAUGCUGGCCAGAGGACACAUCCUUGCAUUAGCAUGUAGCACUUUACUAACAGACUAAAAGGUUUUCAAUACUAAUUGAUGUGUGUGUAACCAACUCCUUAAACUUUUGUUUGACUUUGACUGCACAUCACUUUCAAUAAAUGUAUAAUACAUCAAUACUAAAA